CAGCGUGCAGAGCCCCUGGCUGCUCCUACGCAUAGGAGCCGGAGCAGGGACAUGCUGCUGUUUCCAGGAGCCGCGUGGAGCAGGGCCAGCCCCAUUCCCCAGCGGGAGCGGCGCAAGCCCCGGACCCUGCUCCCCGGCGGGAGCUCGAGGGCCAGAUUAAAACGUGUGAAGGGCCAGAUGUGGCCCCCAGGCCGUAGUUUGCCCACCCUGUCAUAUCUGCUCUGAAAAUGUCAGCCAAGAAUACUAAGGUGUGUGUUAAACUGGCUUAAAUCCUCUAGUUAAGGUAUGGGGAGAUAAAAGUCCCCUUAGCAUAUGUCAUUUGCUUGAGUCAAGCAGUUCCCCUCGCUCUAGUGAGCAGGAACCCCUGCCAGAGCAUUAGAAGAGCAGUGAGAGAAUAGAGUUCUGUAAAUAUGUCAGGACAGUGAUUUUUCUGUUCUAUGGAGGGCUUAAGUAGUAGGUGUGAGACACUGAGGGGAUUCCAGCCCUCACCUUGCAAUGGUCAAUGAAUUCAAUGAUGUUGGAAGGUGUUGGUUUGAUAGUCCUAAAGGCUGAAGUUUUAUGCUCUCCAGAACAAAUACAGGAUGGCCAAUGGGAGUUGCAGGGGUGGCAUUUGGGGCAGGGGCAACGCGCAGAGUCCCCUAGCUGCCCCUAAACAUAGGAGCCAGAGGGGAAACAUGCCGCUGUUUCCGGGAGUCAUAGCACAUGCGCGUGGAGCGUACCCCACUCCCCAUCUGGAGCGUGAGCGCAGGGCAAGCCCCAGACCCCGCUCCCCAGCAGGAGCUCAAGGGCCAGAUUAAAUCGCAGGCCGUAGUUUACCCACUCCUGUUCUAUGGUGUCCCCUGAACCAUGGUCUCUUUCAGAAGGAACAUUCUUCAAGUUUACAGCCUGAGGUUUAUAAGGGAAGUACUGUUGGCCAGUUUCAAAAGCCAGAGAGAAAAUUUCCCCUGCCGAAAGCAGCAGUGACCCACUGAGGCAACUUCCAAGGUCGUAAUGAAACUGAUGAAUAGAAGAGACCCCUAUUUUCGAGAGGUCAUCCGGUUUGCAGUGUGUUGCAGAGCCCUGACACUUGUGCUCCAGGCCCUGUUUAACUUCUUGAUCCCGGAUCAUGCAGCAGAUGCCUUCUCUCCUCCCCGCCUGUCAGAACCCAGCCUCUGUGACUGGUUGUCAGAAUGGCUGUUGGGAGGCUUGUCACACUGGGAUGCAGAGCACUUCUUGUUCAUAGCUGAGCAUGGCUACCUGUACGAGCACAACUUUGCCUUCUUCCCAGUGUACCCCCUCAGUGUGCGAGCUGUGGCAGAGGUAACACUGUGGCCCCUGCAAGGGCUACUGUGUUUACGGAGCCGCCUGCUCUUGUCAGCGGUGUUUUUGAAUGCUCUCCUCUCAGUCCUGGCAGCUGCUGUCCUCUAUGAGCUGGGGUGCGUGGUGCUGCGGUGUCGCAGGAUGGCCUUCCUCUCUGCUGUCCUCUUCUGCCUCACCCCUGCCAAUGUGUUCAUGACAGCCGCUUACUCAGAAAGCAUGUUUGCUUUCCUGGUGUUCACUGCCAUGCUGCAGCUAGAGAAAGGACAGAGCUGGACCAGCGGACUACUCUUCUCCCUUGCUGCUGGUGUGCGCUCCAACGGGGUGAUCAACACUGGCUUCCUCAUCUAUUCCCAGAGUAAAGACCUUGCCCUCGAACUCCAGGCAGGUGCUGGGACUGUAAUGAAGCUGCCUAAUGUUUGGAGACAACUCUUCCGCUUUGCAGCUUCAGUGGUUCUGAUGUCUGCUGGGGUCUUUUUCCCAUUUGCUUUGUUUCAGUCCUAUGCCUACUUGAGAUUCUGCAAUCCUGACACCGGCUCUGAACAUGCUGUUCCCAGGCCGCUCUUGCAGCUGGCUGUGGAUAAGGGGUAUCGUCUAGCGGCCGUGAAUGGGGUGAAACCUGUGUGGUGCUCCCAGGGGCUCCCUGUGGUCUAUUCUUAUAUUCAAGAUGUUUACUGGAAUGUGGGCUUUCUAAGGUACUUUGAACCUAAACAGGUACCCAACUUCCUGCUAGCUGCGCCGGUUACUGUGCUGGGCUCUUGGGCCACCUGGUUCUACCUCACUGCAAAUCCCCAGUACUGCUCAGUGCUUGGGCUAGUGAGAAGAAAGAAUGAAGGAAGGAAAGGAGAAGACUCUGAUAAGCCAGUGGAUGGAUUUCGUUGCUUCAGUGUCUUCGUUUACGUGGUCCAUGCCACGGCUCUUCUGGCCUUUGGAAUCCUCUGCAUGCAUGUGCAGGUUCUAACCAGGUUCCUAGGCUCGUCUACACCAAUCUUGUACUGGUUCUCUGCUCAUCUGCUCCAGAACUAUGAACCUUUGCUGUGGAAAGAAGGAACUGCUAUCCAGACUGCAGCAUCCCUCUCUGAAAAGCCCAGUGUAGGCAGCUCUUUUCUUGGAUUGUUCAGAAAAGGGAUUUCUGAAAACCCCAUCAUGAGAUUACUGCUGAACUGGAGAAUAAGUUCCCCUCUCACCAAAUGCAUUCUGGGAUACUUCCUGUCCUACUGGCUGCUGGGGCUGAUCCUACACUGCAACUUCCUGCCUUGGACAUAGUUAGAGUUUGAGAACAUGUAUUUGUGAUGGACCUGCUAAUGGGAACAGAAUCACUGCUCAGAAUAUAGACUUUUUAAUUUUUUUAUUUCCAAAGGCAUACAGAGCCCACAAUAUGUGCACAUGACUCUGCUCUUAUUGCUGUAAACCUCAUCCUUCCUCAUUCCAUUCUCCCCCUACAAUUUGUCACCAUUACUGGUCGUAUGAUGGCUAAAAUCUAAUCUGUAAACUCUCUGGGGUAGGGGUUGUCUUUUUAUUCUUAUGUCUUCUGUGAAGCACUUUACCAUAAUUAAUAAUGGUCUAGUGAAAUGAGUUAUAGGCCUGUUUGAGGUUAUAGGUUAGGUUACAGUUGACAUGUCUAUCUGCAGAAUACAAAUUGGGGUUCUGAGAUGGUGGAGAUACUCAAGGAAGCAUCCUCUAGCUCGCAGUGAGAAGCCUUCCUAGUGUGCUCCUCUUUCUGUAGGAGCGCCUGGGCAUCAUGGAGAACAAGUGGAGUCACAAAGGAGUUGGCUGGAGAGGUCCCUAGGGAAAGUUGUUAGAGGUUCUCAAGCUAGGGCAUAUGGAAAUUCACAAGGGUGUAUCAGAGUGUUUGAAUGUUGUCAGUAAAGUUUGUGGACCUUAUGAGAGUCACUUUUCCCCGCCAAAUGAAAAGACAUCUCUAGCUUUGGGAAAUUUGAGAACCGCCUGUGGUGGGGAGAGGGCCUACAGCUUGGAGAGUACUGUCAGGAAGUUGGACACUGAGGGAAGGAAGUGAACAUUCCUGUUUACUUCAUUAAAUAGUAGGGGAGUGUUGCCCUCUGGUUACAGGAGGGCAGAAGGACUCAGGUCUAAUUCCUAUUUUCAGUUCUGCUGCUGACUUGCUGUGUAUUCUGGAGAAAGUCACUUCCUCUUUAUGCCCUGAUUCUACUCUCCCUUAAAGUGGAGACAGUGCUACUUCCCGCUCUCACCAAAGGAUUGUGAAGUUUGUUUAAUGAAUGUGUGAAGCUCUUUGAGAUCUUUUAUAGAAGGCACUAAAGAAGGGUAAAGCAUAUACUGUUUUUAGCAUAAAACAGAAUAAGCUAAUUGUAAAUGUGAUAGUCUCCAGCUAUCCAAGCUUCUGACUAGAUGAAGGCUUUGAGGAUACAUCUACAAAGCAAGCAGAAAGCUGUGGCACUGAGUCUCAGAGCCUGGGUCUACAGACUCAGGCUCACAGGGCUCCAUGCUGCAGUGCUCAAAAUAACUUCAGAGCCCAAGCUCCCCCCUGAGCCUGAAUGUCUACACAGCUAUUUUAGCACUGCAGCAUGAACCCUGUGAUCCCAAUUCUGUAGGCCCAGGCUCUGCUGCUGGUUUCUGCUUGCCAUGUAGACGUACUCUGGGUGUCCCCUGAGACUUCUGGUUCUACAGUAUUUAAGUAUAGUAUACAUAUAUGACCAGUUAAUGAUUUAGGGUGUUGUACAUUUGCACACACACACACACACUCUCUCUCUCUCUCUCUCUCUCUCUUCCUCCCUUGACAGUAGCUGUUGUAGCUGGUCACCUUGGUUUAAAUCCUGCUUGCAGCAGGUCAUAACUGCAAAUUAAUUUGGAAGAUUCCUCUGAGGUGCUGGCAGUUGUCACCCCUUCAAUUCCAGAAGGGACAGACUUAAAGGAAAUGAGAAGCAGGCAUACCUGCAUUCUGGAACCUAACGUCCCACACAGCAGUAGGCUAAUGUAGCGAACAUGACUGAUAGUGAGACUUUAAAAACAAACGUACCCUGAAACUUUCCAGCUAACUGGAAGAGGCUAUAGUGAGAUUUUCCAAAACAGCCCCGGGAUCCUGCAUGCUGCCACUGAAAUCAAUUGAAUUCUUCAGAGAUCUGUCUGCAAAGAUCUGCUUGUGGGAUUGGGUCCAUGUUUUUGCGCCUGUAGAAGGCAAGUGUGUCUUCAGUGUUUAAGCUUUGCCUUCCCUACAAGAAAAUUCUGGUGACAUUUUUAGUCAGACUUUGCACUGGUAAAUAAGAAUAAAGAUUAAACUUAAAACUCCAAAUAAAACAAUGAAUAAAGAUAGACCUGUUGCAAUUUUA